AUGUCGCCUGUCAACGACCCGGUGUUUCUCCGCCGCAACAAUCAGAUCCAAGAUGCUAUUGACGGGCAGAAUCUCAAGCAAGCCCUGCAGCUGAUCGAGAAGCGCAUGAAGAAGGGCGAGGACACGCGUUUUAUGAAGGCAUGGAAAGCGCACGUUCUCUUCCGGCAUGCCGAUGAUGUUCACCACCAGCGUGGUAUUACCGAGACGCUCCAGCUUUGCAAUGCAGAGCCUCCCACAACGGAUAUUGAGACGCUGGACAUUUUGCACAAAACCUUACAGAAGUUGGAUGGGCAUGGUGAUACCAGGACCAUGUUGUGGGAGGUAGCAGCCAGAGCGAAGCCCCAGGAUCUGACGAUUCAGGGCAGAUGGUUCACUUAUGCCUUUGAAGAAAAUGAUUGGAAGUCAGCACAGAAGGCUGCCAUGAGUCUUCAAAAGAAUUUCCCCAAGGAUCGGAAAUAUUAUUUCUGGGCUAUCUUUUUAAGCCACAUGAUCGCCAUCGAUGACACGAGCUCGGAAAUUGACCGCAAGCUUUUUGGCACUCUGGCAUAUCGCAUGGUUUCCAAGGCAGCCGCGGAUGUUCCGAUCGAAAAGGUUGGUAGACUGCCAAACCCACCUAUUUACACCAAUCGCAGUCAGUUAUUGAGUGCCCCUCGCGCCAUUCAGACAUCGGAGGAGCUGCUCUUGCUCAUUAAGAUCUAUGAAGCACAAGGGCGGUUCGAUGAGGUUGUGAAAACUCUGGACAGCGAGAAUUUGGGUCUUUCUUCUCGAAUCGUUCAAAAUGAUACUGCUUUCCUCGGGUUCAAAGCCUCUAACCUGGGAGCUGGCAAAAUGUGGGAGGAAGCGAUAUCCUUCGUGAAGAGCCUUUACACGGUGCCGGAUAAUGAGGAAAAACGUAAAGCUCUCCGGGAGAUUGAUGACUGGAAUAUCUGGAAUCUUCUGGUCGAGGCAACACGACACGUUAAAACCUCUGGGAUUUUCACUGAAACGGCCCAAUUUGUUGAAAAGUUCAUUGAAUUUAACCCCAAGUCUCGGAAUGCUGCUCUAGCUCGUCUUGAGGUCAUCCUUCACGGGAUAGAUGCAGGAGAAAUGAAAGCUGACGACCUUCACUCGGCUUCCGAAAAGUACAUUGACCAUCAUAUCCACAAACUUUAUGCAUUUGAUGAUCUUCGAAGAAUCUCUCGUGGCAACAGAGACAAUAUGCUAAAGAAUAAUACCUAUACCCAAAAAGCUCAUGGGAAUGAUGAGAAUAGCAUAGUUCCUACAAUUAACGCCCUGAAGAUGGACUACUGGUUGAACAUCUCCGGCUCAGAGAGCACGCCAUCUUGUCAGCAGAUUGACUCUUUUGUAUCUCGUUGCAUGAAGCUUUAUCAGUCCUUCUCAAGCAAGGAUAAAAAAGACACAACAAAGAAGGCUGUGGAAGGAUCCUCUUCGACCAUUGAAAGCCAACCUAGAGAUGAACUGUGCAUUCUUGCCGCCAUGGGACUUCUUCAGAUUGAAGGGACACAAUCCGAAGUGUCUGAUACUGCUCUCAUUCGUGCUGCCAGCAUACUGGAACGUCUUUGCCAAGAUUCACCUCACAACUACCAGGCCUUACUGCUCUUGAUUCGCAUUUAUCUCCGAUUAGGUGCUGGGUCUCUUGCAUUGAGCACUUUCAGCAAGUUGUCAGUCAAACAAGUUCAGUAUGAUUCUGUUGCUCAUCUUUUUUUCACACGUCUCGCCACGAUUCAUCCUCAUUCCGCGCCCCCGAUCGAAGGUGCAGAGUACAAAGAUUUCGAUCCACAGUCUGCAUUUGUUCAGGCUCUCCACUUUUUCCGGAUGGCCGAUGCCAACACUAUGAAAUAUCGCACGGCAGGUUUGGAUAACGGAAGCUAUGCGAAUACGGAAGAAAUCAUAGAGCUGCGAAGACGUCUUUUGAAUAGUGUAAAUCGCAGGACCUUUGCGCUUGAUGUUCGACGAAUGCAGAGGCUUGUUGGCGGUGAUCCCCUGUCCCGUUAUGAUGAUAUUGCCCAAGAGACUUCGCCAUUCCUAGACCACCGGGAAUUUACGGCUUUCAUGAACUGCGAGUUCACAGGCAAGCCUGAUUUUGAACAGCGAGUGCGCGUGGGACCAACUCCAAAGGCAAACUGGUUGGCUUCGAGCAGAGUCACCGACAGACUCUUUAGUAUUCUGAAGGGUAUUUCCCUCCAAAGGCCCCUCCCCGCUGAUAUAGAGCUACCCUCUCUGGAAAACCUGCAACUCUCUGGCUCUGAAUCCGAUCAGACCGAGACCGAGAGAGAGACAGCCCAAGUUCACUUGGACCUCCUAAAAGUGGCAUUCUUCAUGGCUGGAUCCAAUACCGUCAACCCUCAAGAAGCAGACAAAGCUCUAAGUCAAGUUGAAACCUGGCUCAUUGGGAAGAAAAAUGAACUCACGUCCAAUGAAUCUAGUUUUGCACCACUCGUCAACUCCACAGCGGUGCAUCUCAAAGCAGGUAUCCCAACUGCACCAACUUGGAGAUACUUCCAUAGUGUCUUCACUCUCCUCGAAACUAUAAAGGCAUUGUCGCAGCUGGUUAUACUAGCAUCCCGAAAGGGAUCCAAAGCCGCCAAGUUGCCCAAGGGCCGCUUUGACCAGUUGUCUGCUUUGGUCCCUGAAGUGUUUGAGUCGGUUCGGCGUAACACUCGUGUUUUCAAGCAGUGUAUCUCUGAAGCCGGGGUACUUAGCUCACUAGUGGAUCUUGUACUCCAAGGUGAUCAGGGUAAUCUUUACUCAAAAGAGCUGCAAGAAACACUGGAUACUUCGAUGGACUCGGCUGCAGUCGAGAUGUUCUGCGGUUCCUUGAUGGAAAGCUGGGAGGAAGCCCUGGAUGGCGUAAUGAGCGUGAGGAUAUGA